AUAUGGCCCGACAGGGCCCAAACGCUACAAUGGACCCUUAAGCCACUGUCCACUGCCCUGAAAAAAGAACCGCCAUUCGAUAGCUACAGAGAAAUCAAUCAUCAGUCCGGCGAAGGUGGCGUAAAUGACGGAGGCAAGACGAUUGAAAGGUCACAAGGCCACUGCCACGUGCUGUAUCUCCUCACGUGACAGGCCUGGCCUCGUCGCCACUUCUGCCGAAGAUGGUUGCGUUUGUUGGUUUGAUAUGCGUUGCAAAGAUGUACAAUUUGUCAUGGAAGUUAGCAAUGAACCAAUUUCAUCCCUAUGCUUCAACUCAGGAAAUGAAAAUGUCAUCUAUGUUUCCACGGGAAAGGAGGUCAAGUGCUUUGAUGUGCAUAUGUUAUCAGAGAACUCGUGGAAGCCUUUGGAGAGUUAUAACUAUAAUAAAGAGGAGAUAAAUCAGGUUACUUGUAAUUCUAAAUCAUCUUUCCUAGCAUCAGCGGAUGAUGGUGGUGAGAUUAAGAUCAUUGACAUCCGUCAACAAUGUGUAUUCAAGACAUUGAGAAAUGGCCACACAAAUAUCUGCAGCAGUGUCCAAUUCAUUCCCUGGAGACCUUGGGAAGUCAUUACUGGAGGUCUUGAUAUAAAGCUUAUCACAUGGGACUUCUCAAAAGGGCGCCCAUCCAAAAUUGUGGAUCUUGGCCUGCCUGACAUGAGCAGUGCUAGUGAAGCUGGACAAUGUUUCAAUCCUGCUUUUGUUCACUCAAUAAAAGUUCCAGAUGUUGAUAUGUUGGACAAAUUAGGCAAGAUAUGUGUUGUGGCCAGGGGUGAUGGUGUUAUUGAUGUGAUUGAUAUGGAAUCAGAGCUUGCAUCCAUCAGGCCUAAAAGUUCCACAAAAUCUCGAACAGGAAUUCAUUCAGCGUCAAAAUGUAGUCUUCCAGCUGAAGGUGGAGUUGCUGAUGAAUAUGGAAGAAAAUGGUUUCAUUUGGAUUACUCUAUAGGUGGACAUACAGCCGCUGCAUCUUGUGUGGCAUUUUCUUUGUUUGGAGAGAGGGGGAAGUUCCUAGUAUCAGGUGGAAAUGACAAGUUAGUCAAGGUAUGGGAUUGCUCCAGGUGUCUUGAUCCAGGGCAGACUGGUAACAAUGAGCUUCUACAUUUGAACAUCAAUUUGAGCAAAAAGGUUAAUUGGCUUUGUACAACUCCAGCCGAAUCAGAUAACCUUGUUGUCUGUGACACAACUAAGGUAGUGAAGGUCUACACUGUUUCAUAGAUCAAAGCUGUGGAGCCAUUGACGUUAUUAAUUGACUUCCCUGGAGAGCUUGGCUUGUUUUUGGUGCAUGAGGUUGUCUUUUAUCAUUUUCGGAGGAUGUUGUUGUUGAUCCAAGAUCAGCUUGGCAUAGAUAGCACCAAUCAACCAGGGAAAACAGCCUCGCUGCCCUUCAUCAACCUACACCUCAAUUAAGAGGAUACUUUUCUUAACAUUUUGACCACUUGCAGUUCUAAAUUGUUUAAUCCGGGAAAUAGUUGCUUCUAGUGGGUAUAUCCUUGUUGAAGAAAAUAGAAUGAGAUGAAUAAUCUCGAUGGUAUCUGUUACCUCGGAGAUUUAAACUUGAUAACCUGAAGCACUCUUUUCACUAUAACUAGCAUUGAAUUAGAAGUCA